UUUCCCAGUCCCACUGCCAGCAGGUGAAGACUGAUGUAAGCAGAGCCUCCACAUGGGCCGGGGCUGCAGGAGUGUCUUGGAGUUGCCCCGGGACCAUGAACAAAACGUGCGACUCCCUCCCCUGGUCCUCCACAGUCAGCUACGUCUUCCUCGCCUACUCAGCCUUGGUGCUGGCGCUGGGCCUGCUGCUCAACGGCCUGGCGCUCUGGGUGUUCUGCCGCCACAUGCACCGGUGGACCGAGACCCGCGUCUACAUGAGCAACCUGGCUGCGGCCGAUCUCUGUCUGCUCUGCUCGCUGCCCUUCAUGCUGUACUCCCUCCAGUACACCUCAGACACGCCACUCUGCCAGCUCUCGCAGGGUGCCUACCUGCUCAACAGGUACAUGAGCAUCAGCCUGGUCACUGCCAUCGCCGUGGACCGCUACGUGGCUGUGAGGCACCCACUGUGGGCCCGAAGGUUCCGCUCCCCACGGCAGGCUGCGGCUGUGUGUGUGGCCCUCUGGGUGGUGGUGGCGAGCUCCCUGGUGGUCCGCUGGCACCUGGGGCUGCAGGAAGGUGGCUUCUGCUUCAGGAGCCACUCCCGGCACAACUUCAGCACCACUGUGUUCUCCCUGCUGGGCUUCUAUCUGCCACUGGCCAUCGUGGUCUUUUGUUCCCUGCAAGUUGUGACCACGCUGGCCCGGAGGCCUGUCACUGAUAUGGGGCAGGCAGUGGUCACCAGCAAGGCUGCCCGCAUGGUUUGGGCCAACCUGGUUGUGUUCGUUGUCUGCUUCCUGCCCCUGCAUGUGGUCCUAACGGUGCAGAUCUCCCUGAGCCUGCACUCCUGCACAGUCCGCCAAGCCCUCUCCAUCACCAGCAGGCUCUCUGAUGCCAACUGCUGCCUGGAUGCCAUCUGCUACUACUACAUGGCCAAAGAAUUCCAAGAUGCAUCCACGCUGGCCAUAUCCCCCAGUAGCAGGCUCCACAAGAGUCAUGACUCCCAGAGCCUGACCCUUUCCUAGGAGGUAUGCACAUGUGCUGGGGACCAAAGGAAUCUGGGACAGUAGCAAGGAGCCCCAGAAUUUGCCUGGACUCACUGUGGCCUAUGGGCAGUCUAGGAGGCCCAGAGUGGCUGCCCACUCCCAUGGGAAGGGACAGAGGCCAAGGCCAGAGGACUGAGACCCAAAAGACCAACCCAAAGGACAACAGAACAGGAACACACACCUAUGUUCCAGAUCUGGAAUCCUGCCACACCAGAGUGGAGCUUUGAUGCUAAUGACUAGGGCUGGAGGGAACAUAUGGCUCAGAGGGGCAGGAGGCAUUGUCCCAGAGGACUCUUCGAGCGGCUGUGUACUUUGGGGCCUUCCUUGAAUCCUUGUACCUCUUCUUACCUGCCCAACUCCCCACAUAUCUGGAUGCUGGAGGCCCACAGGUGUCUUUUCUGGCAAGACAAGGUUGUGACUAGUUCAGCACACCCAGCUGUGCCCAGAUUCAAUGAUGAGGGGCAAGGGCAUCUGGGGGGGGGUGGCAGGGAAGGCCAAGUCUGCCAGUGAGCACUGUCCCUUCCUCCCUUCUUCAGAGCAGUAUAAGAAGCUAUGCCAGCUAAGGUAGGGGCCAAGUACCAACCAGACAGAGAGGGGGUGUCCAGGCAUAGGUGAGUAUGCCUAGGCUGGUUUCUAACCACCCCACCUACCUCAUGAGUGUAGAUAACCAGUUAGGUAUAAAUGCCCAGACCUUUCCAGGGACCUGCUGUGAUACUGGCCUUGGAGACACUGGGCUCAGACCCAUCUCUGUCAUCUCUACUAGAUGUCCUCAGUACCACCCCUACCUCUCUACCCUCUGCUAGGUUUGAGAAGGAUGGCAGCCGUUUUCUGGAAGGCCAUCCUUUCAGGCAUGUGGCUGCCAACAUUUUUCAGGUUUUAUGCAAAGGAAGAUGUGUGCUCAGGAGGGUUCCAGGCUCAGGAGGCCCAAUAGUCAGGAGUCCCUGCUUACUGUGCCACACUGUCCCCAAAGUCCUGGGCAUCUUGGUAUUGAAGAAAGCCCUCAGUUCUUGCUCUCUCUCUCUCUCUUUUUAUUGACAGCUUCCAUACUUAUAAUAGACCAUGAUAAUUCCCUCCCCUCCCCCACUUUCCCCUUCACAAAUCCACAUUCCAUCAUAUCCC